GCCUAGCUUGGCCCAGACCUCGGCCUCAGAGCUUCCCUGUACCUCCCAUAGCAGCAGCAGACCCAAUCAGCUGUCAGCGUUCACUGCAGGGGACUAUGUCCUCAGCUCCAGCCUCUCAGCAUGCUCCCUGCUCCCAGAGGGGGCUGUUGAGCCGAUGCAGAUCGAUGCUGACCCCCAGGAAGACCAGCAGAAUGCUCCAGACACCAACUAUGUGGUGGAAAACCCCACACUGGACCUGGAGCAGUUUGCGUCCAGCUACAGCGGUCUGAUGCGUAUUGAGAGACUGCAGUUCAUAGCACAACAUUGUCCCCAGCUCCGUGCCGAGGCCCUGAAGAUGGCCCUGUCCUUCGUCCAGAGGACCUUCAACGUAGACGUCUACGAGGAGAUCCACCGCAGACUCACCAACGCCAAGCGACAGGUGCAGGGUGUCCCUGACGCGGUGCCUGAUGGGCCGGCGGAGGCCCCUCUCCUGGACACAGCCUGGGCAGAGAGCACCAGGAAAAAGGCCCUUCUCAAACUGGAGAAGCUGGACACUGACCUCAAGAACUACAAGGGAAACUCCAUCAAAGAGAGCAUCAGGCGGGGUCACGAUGACCUUGGGGACCACUAUUUAGACUGUGGAGAUCUCAGCAAUGCCCUGAAGUGUUACAGCCGAGCCCGAGACUACUGCACUAGUGCCAAGCAUGUCAUCAACAUGUGUCUGAACGUCAUCAAGGUUAGCGUUUACCUCCAGAACUGGUCCCAUGUACUUAGCUACGUGAGCAAGGCAGAAUCCACUCCAGAGAUAGCUGAGCAACGAGGAGAGAGAGACAGUCAGAACCAAUCUGUCCUCACCAAACUAAAAUGUGCUGCGGGUUUGGCAGAGCUGGCCUCUAGAAAGUACAAACCGGCCGCUAAGUGCUUCCUCCAGGCUUCAUUUGACCACUGCGACUUCCCAGAGCUCCUGUCCCCCAGUAAUGUAGCGGUGUAUGGAGGGAUGUGUGCUCUGGCCACCUUCGACAGACAGGAACUACAGAAGAACAUCAUCUCAAGCAGCUCCUUUAAGUUGUUUUUAGAGUUGGAGCCCCAGGUGCGUGACAUAAUCUUCAAGUUUUACGAAUCAAAGUACGCAUCCUGUCUGAAACUACUGGAUGAGAUGAAGGAUAACCUUCUAUUGGAUCUGUACCUGGCCCCCCACGUUAGAACACUGUACACACAGAUCAGAAACAGAGCCCUUAUACAGUACUUCAGCCCGUAUGUGUCUGCAGACAUGACUAAGAUGUCCCAGUCCUUCAACACCACAGUGUUAUCCCUGGAGGAUGAACUGACCCAGCUCAUACUGGAGGGACUGAUCAACGCACGUAUAGACUCUCACAGCAAGAUCCUGUAUGCGAGGGACGUGGACCAGAGGGGCCAUACGUUUGAGAAGUCUGUCCAUAUGGGCAAGGAGUUCCAGAGACGAGCCAAAGCCACGAUCCUCAGAGCUGCUGUGCUGCGCAACCAGAUACACGUCAAGUCCCCUCCUAGAGAAGGCAACCAGGGGGAGCUAUCAACAGCCAACAGCCAAACAACCAGGAUGACCAGCACCAUGUGACGGGGACGUCCCUUCAUGACACCAUCGCUGGCACUCUGCUCCCUAUAUAGUGCACUACCCUAUGGGGCCCUGGUCAAAAGUAGGGCGCUAUGUAGGGAAUAGGGUGCCAUUUGGUACACAGACGAUGCCUGGUGCCUCUGAAUGAACAGAGGGAGUGUGGGGUGCCUGUCCACAACAGGCCUCAGGUAGUGCCCUUCUUUUGGCCAAGUCAAAGCUACAACUGCUAAGCUGGAGUCUGGCCAACAGUGGGGAACAUGGUGUCAUUUGAGAAGCAGCCCAUGACAUGGCCACAAUGUCAGCUAAAAAAACACCUGCGUCCCCUCAAACGGCCCCCACCCGUCCCCUCAAACGGGCCCCCCCCUGUCCCCUCAAACGGGCCCCCCCCCCUGUCCCCUCAAACGGCCCCCCUGUCCC